CACAGGGACGGCCAGCUCCACACCGCUCCGCUUUCAGACACACACUCAACAUGACACUUCAGGAGGAGCUGCGGAGUCGUCAGUUCUGGCGGGCCAUAGCCGCUGAGGUGCUGGGCACGUUGGUAUUUGUGUCGGCAGUGCUUGGUUCCUCUAUGCCAGGGCCAGAGGGCAAUGAUGGGGGCCCUCUGUACCCUGCACUGGCGGCGGGAAUGGUGGCAGUAGGCCUGGGACACUGCUUUGGGGAGAUCAGUGGAGCCCAGGUAAACCCUGCGGUCACUCUGGCCUUCCUGGCCACCAGGCGCCUGGAGGCUCUGAGAGCGCUGGUGUAUGUAGCGGCCCAAUGCCUGGGCGCCACUCUGGGCACGGGGAUCCUCUACCUGGCCUUGCCACAGAAGUCCACCGCAGAGUCCUUUGCCAACAAGGUUCCCAUGGAGGUGAACGCAGGCCAGGCGCUGGGGAUGGAGAUGCUGGCCACCUUCCAGCUGGUCUUCACCAUCUUCUCCGUGGAGGACCAGCGGCGGCGGGAGGGGGCAGAGCCAGGGAACCUGGCCAUCGGCUUCUCACUGAGCGCAGGGAUCUUUACAGCAGGUCGCCUCUCAGGGGGCAGCAUGAAUCCUGCCAGGACUCUGGGCCCCGCCAUCAUCACUGGGGUCUGGGAGUACCAUUGGGUGUACUGGAUUGGGCCGGUGUUGGGCGCGAUCCUGGCUGGCGUGUCCCACGAGUUCUUCUUUGCUCCCAGCGCGUCCAGACAGAAGCUGGUGGCGUGUCUGACCUGCAAGGACAUCGAGAUGGUGGAGACCGCCAGCGUCUCCCGCUCCUCCCUCUCGACUGUCACGCAGACGGCCAUGAGGGCUAAGCAGGCCCACAAGUCUGAGCACACCUGA